AUGAACUGCGUGCUGUCUGGCAAGCCGCUCGUGGCCGCGAAGGGCCUGGCCGGCCGUCGCGCCGCGCCUGCUGCGCGUGCGCGCGUGGUGAUGGCCGCGGAGUCCAAGGGCGAGUUCGACCCGGAGUUCAUCAACCGCAAGGACACCUUCCCCCUCGGCGCCGCCUUCCUCGGCUGGACCAUCCCCUCGACCAUCCCGGUGUCGGGCUUCGACGGCAACUCGCUGUUCGGCCUCUUCACCGCCUCGAUCGGCGAGAACCUGGCCAAGUUCCCCACGGGCCCGGCCCUGAACGACAAGUUCUGGCUGUACAUGAUCACGUGGCACAUUGGCCUGUUCACGGUCAUGACGCUGGGCAAGAUCGGCAUCGAGGGCCGCAAGCAGAAGUACUGGUAA